GGCUCACGGUGACGUUUGUGGCGCCAGAAAUCAAGAGCAAAGCGAGUUAAUUUACGGACAUAUCGUCGUUUUCGAGUCGGUCGGGUCGAUUGAUAUGGUUCCGGAUAUCGAAUAAGGUCGAUUUGUGUUUAAAUGAACCGGUUUAGAUCGUAAAGGAUAAGAUGGUGAUGCUACGCAGCAGUAGUUCUGGCGCUGAGGCGCUGAAACGGGACUCGGACAUGGACACGAGCUCCGAGUUUCUGUCGCUGCGGCGCGCGCACAAAAAGAAGAGUCUGGAUGACAGCUGCAGCAGCACCGAGAACAGCCCCACUAACGGUUAUUUGUCUGCUAAAGAAAUAAACAGUGUGGGGAGAAGUGGCAUGAAGACCAGAGCCAAAACAGACAAACAUGCUGUUUCUUUUGCUGAUGUGAGCAACAAACCGAAUGGCUCUCCUCAAAAGGACGAGAAAAGCAUGAAGCAUUUAAGGAAAUCUCCCAGAUUGCAGAAAGAUGAGAAGUCUGGUGAUGAGAUUACUGCGGAAGAUGAGAUUAAUCUGACUGCAGCACCAAAAAAUCUUUGUGCCCGAUUACGAGAGAGAAAGGUGGACUGCACUGUGAGACGCAGCUCUAGAAUCACAAGAUACAAGUUUAACGCCAGGGAUCAAUCUGUCCUCUAUGACCGGCUCAUUACUAACACUGCAGAAGCUGUUCUCCAGAAAAUGGAUGACAUGCAGAAAAUGCGCCGAAGGCUCGGUAGCAGAGACUCUAAAAAGGAGGAUCUUAGAAUGUAUACCGGGUCCAAGAGGAAGAGAACCACAAGGUCCUCUGAAAGAACAGACGAGGAGAGUGCCAAUGAGCAAGAGAAUGGCCAUGAUGAAUACACUGAUCAGGAGGAUGACAAUGAAGACGGAGAAGGCACUGGAGAAGAAGAGGAAGAAGAGGAGGAGGAGGGGGACAAUGACGAAGGUGAUGACGACGAUGAUGACGAAGAGGAAGAAGAUAAUCAGAAACGCUACGAAUUCAGACAGAGAAAAGCCGUUGUACGCUACCAAGCUCCUCUCGAGGAGCCUAGGAAGCAGAGUAUAUUUUUCCGCCGCCACUCAACCCCAUCCAGACGGAGGUAUUCGUUCAGCACCACAAGACCAUGCAGUCCAUACAGCAGACACAGAAGUAGCAGUUUUAGGAGAAUUGAACCUGAUGGACGUAGACACGCCAUUCACAGUAGCGACUCAACGUCCUCAUCUUCAUCCGAUGAGGAGAAAUUUGAAAGGCGGAGGAGUAAGAGUAGGAACAGGCCAGCAAACAGAUGCCUGCCAAUGAACGUCCGGAAAGAGGAUCUGUUAGGAAUUCACAAGGACCGCAUUAAGAUCGGAGCAAGUCUUGCAGAUGUUGAUCCGAUGCAGAUUGACCAGACGGUGCGCUUUGACAGUAUCGGUGGUUUGAAUAAACACAUUGCUGCUUUAAAGGAAAUGGUGGUCUUUCCUUUGCUCUACCCUGAGGUCUUUGAGCGGUUUAAGAUUCAACCUCCAAGAGGCUGUCUAUUUUACGGUCCUCCGGGUACUGGGAAGACUCUGGUAGCACGAGCGCUGGCUAAUGAAUGCAGUCAAGGGGAGAAGAAGGUGGCCUUCUUUAUGAGGAAAGGAGCCGACUGCCUCAGCAAAUGGGUGGGAGAAUCGGAAAGACAGCUUCGACUCCUUUUCGACCAGGCAUAUCAGAUGCGUCCAUCUAUUAUAUUCUUUGAUGAAAUUGAUGGGAUUGCACCUGUCCGUUCUAGUAGACAAGACCAGAUCCACAGCUCCAUCGUGUCCACUCUGCUGGCUUUAAUGGACGGACUGGACAGUCGUGGUGAGGUGGUCGUAAUUGGAGCCACUAAUCGUCUGGACGCCAUAGAUCCUGCUCUCAGACGGCCUGGACGCUUCGACAGGGAGUUUUUGUUCAGCCUUCCUGACAGAGAGGCUCGUAAAGACAUUUUAAAGAUCCACACACGACAGUGGGAUCCGCAGCCAUCAGAUGCGUUCCUAGAGGAACUGGCUGACAAGUGUGUCGGUUACUGCGGCGCAGACAUUAAAGCAGUGUGUGCAGAAGCAGCCCUCUGUGCCUUGCGCCGUCGCUACCCCCAGAUCUACACCACCUCGCAAAAACUCCUUUUAGAUGUCGCGUCUAUCAGCGUGGAAGGCCGUGACUUCUUGUCCGCCAUGAGGAAGAUCGUGCCGACAUCUCAAAGGGCUAUGGUGUCACCGGCCAAAGCUCUGACACCUGUAAUUCAGCCCCUGCUCUCUAACACACUCUGUGAAGCCAUGAAGGCCCUGCAGAAGGUUUUCCCUCAUGUGGAGCAGGGCAUAAAGAAGAGGAAAAAGAACAACAAUGCGGUUGGCGUUUUAGACGACUUGCUGCAGAGUGAAGAUGAGGCCUCCUUUAUGUGCACUAGUAAUCCUGCCCAGACUAAUACAGGCCCAACUGGCUCCUUUCUUCAUUUUACCAACAGGAUAGCCGCGCAGGAGCCGACCACGUUUAGGCCACGGCUGCUGCUCUGUGGGAAUCUGGGCUCGGGGCAGAGUACACACCUGGGCCCUGCAAUGCUGCAUACGUUGGAGAAGUUUACUGUGUACACACUGGACAUGGCGGUGCUUUUUGGAGUCAGCACUACUAGCCCAGAGGAGGCAUGUGCGCAGCUGUUCUGUGAAGCUAAAAGAACAGCCCCCAGCAUCCUGUACAUACCACAUAUGCAACGCUGGUGGGACACAGUGAGUUCUGCACUCAGAGCCACGUUCCUCAGUCUCCUGCAGGACAUCCCCUCCUUCUCGCCCAUCCUCCUCCUUGCCACAUGCAGCCUGCCGUAUCACAGCCUCUACACAGAGGUGCAGGAUCUGUUUCGUAUCGAGUAUGGGGAGGUGUUCGACAUCCCACUUCCCUCCAAAGAGGAGAGGCACAAGUUCUUUGAGGAUCUUAUUCUGAACCAAGCUUCCAAAGCUCCAUCUUCUAAAAGAGAAGCGGUUCUUCAGGCUCUGGAAGUUCUUCCAGUGGCCCCUCCACCUCCCCCACGCCAGCUCUCUGAGCAAGAGCAGCAGAAACUAGAGGAACAGGAAGAAGACACACUCAGGGAACUCCGCCUCUUCCUACGUGAUGUCACCAACAGACUCGCUCAGGACAAGCGCUUCAAGGCUUUCACAAAGCCAGUGGACACAGAGGAGGUUCCCGAUUACACUACAGUCAUUAAGCAGCCCAUGGACCUGUCCACGUUACUCUCUAAAAUCGACCUGCAUAAAUACCACACUGUUAAAGACUAUCUUUACGAUGUGGACCUGAUUUGGAAGAAUGCUUUAGAGUAUAAUCCAGACAAAGAUCCCUCAGAUCGCUUGAUCAGACAUCGUGCCUGCGCACUCAAGGACACGGUUCAUGCCAUCAUCAAAGAUGAACUAGAUGAAAACUUUGAAAAGAUCUGUGUUGAGAUCAAGGAGUCCCGUCUGAGACGAGGUUGUACAUCGUCCAGGUUUACACCGUCAUAUUACCAUGUUCUUCCAAAAAUCCAAGCAUCUUCAGAGCCAAAGACUAAUGAAAGUGGCCCUUCUAAAGAUUCCCCCGUUACAGCAACAGUGACCACACCAAAACAACCAGUUGCACAGAGGAAACGGAGGCGCAAGAGGCUUUGGAGCAAUGGGCUAAUGCGCCGUAAGAAGUCUACACCGUUGCACACUAAAGACACAAACGGAGCCGAGUCGGAUGAAGACGACGAAGAUGAGGAUGAAGAAGAGGGAAAAACAGCAGAGCAGGACCUAAAUGAGUCUGAACACAUGGACAGGAGCGAAAACCCAGAAACUGUGCACAGACACAACGGACAGGUCAGCAGCGUCGAAGGAGAUUGCACCGAUUCAUCUGUGGAUGGGAUCCAGAAUGGAAAAUCUUCUGGAAUACUGGAAGGAGAGAAUAGAAACAUUGGUGAGGUCCAACCAAUGGAGCACUCCGGUGAUAAAAGGGGUGCAGAGGGAGAUGCAGGCAUAGAGAAAGGGAUAAAGCGUAUGACCAGAGGCUUAAAGUUACAGGCUCAGAAGCAGCUUGAUUUCAACACUGCCAUGAAGGUCCAGGAGCAGAAGAGCCAGCAAGUCAUUGUGGAUCACAACAAGCUAAAGAAUCUUUUGCAGAUGGUGGUAGUCAAGACUGAAGGUUACGAGGUUGACCGUUUAGAGAAGCUUUACGCUCGUUUGUGCCAGAGCAUCUACAGACACAGGAAAAAUCAUGACAAGACCGCACUUAUACAGGAGAUGACAAAGGAGGUGGAGUUUUCAUAGUUUACCUAAACAAUACAAACUAAUUCAUGCAUAGUACUAAAUUAUAUUUUACUACAGUGAUUAAAAGCCUGAGUGAUGUAUAUUUCUUAUAUAUUCAUGAUCUAUUAAAAAUUUUCUCAGCA